AUGCCCCGUUCUGGUUCUUCUGACCGUGCCCCAACCCAACCACCGUCUCCUCCCUGUGCCAAUGGUGCCAGCGUCACCACUCUCAUCUCAUUCCCUGUGCUUCCACCCUGCGUGCGGCACGGCAGCAAUGUGUCGCACAACUAUCUCACUGGCAACUUACCUGCCUCCAUGUUCGCCCUCUCCAAGCUCACAAAACUGGCCUUUUUCUUCUGGCAGCAAUUCGGCAUCACACCUCUCCCUUUCCUGCUUCCUUCUCCCCUUUCAGAAUUCGGAGAAGAUAUUUUGCCUGAUACCUCUCUCUUCCCCGCUUCCUUCUCCCCCCUUCACUCCCUCCCCCUCCCCUCCUCCUGCCCCUCCCCUCCUCCUCUCCCUCCCCUCCUCCCCUCCUCCCCUCCUCCCACCACUCUCUCCACUCUCAGUGACCUUUUCAGCUCCCCUUUCCCCCUCAUCAGAAUUGUUCAAGCCACCACCAUCAGUGCCACCAGUCAUCCUCCCUCCACCAGUCUCCCCACCACCGUCACUCCCCUCACCUGCACCACCCUCUCCCGCCAUCUCAGCUCCACCCCGUUCACCAACAUCCCCUCCUCCUUCCCCUCAGCCCUCUCCGUCCUCUCCUCCCCCUUCUCCCUCUCCUACCUCACCUCCCUUCGUUCCAUCGCCCUCUCCUCCGCCUCCGCCUUCCUCCGCGGGGCUAUCAGUGGGGGCCAUUGCGGGGAUUGCCGUGGCGGGUGUUUCCGGAGUGCGAGUGGGUCCAAGGGUCCCUCGGGGCCAGCGCAGGCAGCGGGGCCGGCGGUGUGUAGGCAGUACCAGCUGGAGGUGCUGGCAGCGGCAACGGGCAUGUGGGCGGAGGCCAACAAGAUCGGCAGCGGGGGGUUCGGGGAUGUGUAUCGUGCUGAGGACCCCGCCGACCCCUCCACGCUCUGGGCUGUCAAGCGCGCCAAAGUGAACGAGAUGGCAUCGAAGCACCACCCACACCUGGUGCGGCUGCUGGGGUUCUGCAUUGACGUGAACAAGGCCACAGAGCAGACGGAGCAGAUCCUCAUCUACGAGUUCAUGCCCAACGGCGACCUCGAACGCUGGCUCGGCCCUGGUAUGGGUGAUGUGCACAGCUUUGGAGUGGUGAUGCUCACGAUCCUGACGGCACGCAAGGCCAUCUACAACUCGGAGGACAACCAGAUCAACCUCAAGCAAUGGGUGGCACCAUUCAUAGCAGCCAAUGACGGGGUCACCUUCAAGGACCCCUCUCUGGAAGCCCCACCAGACAUUAUCCUGCGCCUGGCACGCCUGGCUCUUUCCUGCACCGCCAUGCCCACUGUGCUCCGCCCCAACAUGAUCAAAGUGCUUGCUGAAUUGGAGGCUCUGCGCGAGGAGGUCUGCGGUGCUACCCGUAACCAGAUGGCGAGGCGGAUUGACCGGGAGAUUGAGGACAAGCAGGGGCACAACCUGGAGGAGGAGUUGGCGAAUGCGAUUAGAAUAGGGUCGAGCGGAGAUGAUGGAGAGAGUAGGAAACGCAGUGAGUGA